AUGAACACGUCUUUUCCCUCUCCUGAGGCUCUGCCAAAUCCUUACACCCCUCUGGUAUGGCUGUCCCCUAGAGUCGCUGAUGACUAUCAAGCGAGUCUGUACUUGUAUGUUGCUGUAUUUUCGGCGUUCACGUGGGAUUGGAUGACAUCCUGGUCGAAGGAGUACAGGCUCAUAUUCAAGGAGAAAUUCCGCCUCACGACUUUGACGUAUUGUUUAUCCCGGCUAGGCGCAUUUGUAUACCUGUUAUUAUAUGUCAUCCUCGGACUUGUCACCGUGGAUGAUUGCCAGAAACUGCAAGUCGCCUCCGGCUGCUUCUUUAUUGUCGCGGUCACCUUCACGGCGGCCCUCUUCCUCUUCCGCAUUUAUGCGGUCUUCGAACGUUCCAAGCCCGUCAUCGCAUUCUUCGGCUUCCUCUGGUUCGCAAAUGUUUGCGCCUCAUUUGUGAUCCCCUUCGCAAUGCAGAGCAGUCACGUAGGCGAGAGUCGCAGAUGCAUCACGACGGGCGUGGAGAUGUACAGUUCUUCGGUGAUUAUUAUCUGCACAGUCAACGACACACUCGUGUUCCUUGGAAUCUCGUCGCAACUCCUGUCCGCAUCGUUCCCGGAGGAGAGUUGGAGCAAACGUCUGCGGUCGUUUGCCAGCGGGCGAGGUCUACCGAGGUUGUCGCGCUCGCUCCUGCAAAGUGGACAGCUGUUCUACUUUGUCACUGUCGGCAUCAACAUCAUCACGAUGGCCACACUCUUAUCGACAAAUCUCCCGCCCUCGCUUGCCGCCAUGUUCACGCCACCGAAUAUCGCCCUCGAGAACGCCAUGGCCACACGGGUAUUCCGUGAGGUCAAGUUCGGCGCAAUCACUGAACACCCUAUGUCCCUGCACAGCUCUGAAGGCUCCGCCGGAUACCGUGGGGCAGCCAUGUCCCCUCGUAUACCUGCACGCGCAUACUUGAUGGGCUCAAGGGGUAGCCGUGUGGAAGAUCUCUACUCGUUGGAGGCACGUGCUUACGGCCCUGAAUCCACGGCCGACGACAGCAUUGUCACUAUUGGGAUUGAUCAGAAACGCGUGGCGAGUUUCUCCGACUCAUUCUCGGACUCCAAGCAGGAGAAAGCGGGCGACGUGCUAGCAAUAGCGUGA